AUGACACUUUGGAAAGGCCGUCUGUCUUUCAAACAGUACCUCCCUCUGAAGGCAGCCAAAUUUGGAAUUAAAACUUACGAGUUGUGUGACUCCACCACGGGGUAUUUAUGGUCAUUCAUCGUAUAUACAGGCAAGGAUACAGAACUUGACUCCCCCUUGAUCACAGCGGACACCAACAAAACUUCAGCCAUUGUCCUGAAACUGGUAGAACCUCUCCUGAAUCAAGGUCGGACUCUGUGGAUGGAUAAUUUUUACAAUUCCCCAACUCUGGCCAGGGUACUGAAGAUAACGCACAAGACUGACUGUGUUGGCACUCUGAAAUUGAAUCGUAAGAAUGUGCCUCCAAAAGUGAAAAACACUAAACUAAAAAAAGGCGAAAUCGUGGCACAACAUUCUGGACCCGUUUCUGUCACAAAGUGGUUCGACAAAAAAAUAGUCACCAUGAUCUCCACCUAUCACAGUCACGACACCAGGACUGUUACAGUUAGAGGCAAGGAGGUGGCGAAACCAGUUUCAGUAUUGGACUACAAUAAGUCAAUGGGAGGGGCCGAUUUGAAGGACCAGCUGCUUCACCCUUAUUUGAUCGAGAGGAAGCACAUGAAUAAGUGGUACAUGAAGCUGUUUCGCAGGCUCCUAAAUGCCUCAAUUCUGAAUUCAAUGAUAGUGUACAGGAGUAACACAGGCACACAAAUUCAGCAAUUAUCAUUCAGAAUUCAGUUGACUGAGGGCCUGUUCGUGAAAUAUGUGAGUGCUGUGGAACAUAAAGUGCCGGGUUCACAUCCAUCAGACAACACAGUGCCCCGUCUAACAGAACAACAUUUUAUCAGCAAGAUUCCUCCAACGGCAAAGAAAUCUAGACCACAGAGAAAGUGUGUUGUGUGUCAGAAGCGCAGGAGGAGAAGGGACACAGUGUACUGGUGUGAUGCAUGCGGCGUGGGCCUCUGCAUUGAGUGUUUCCGCGACUACCACACACGACUGAAUUUUUAA